UCAAGCCGGAAGCCGGGAGGCGUGUUACUCCAUUAUUCUCCCGCUAUGAGGCCCAUGAUGGGUCUCUCAGGAAACAGAGGAAGGAUCCUGGCGCUGGGAGGAGAAAGAUGGCAGAGACGGAGGCUCAGCUGCUUCUGGGCGUAGGUUUGAUUGAAAAAGAUACCAAUGGAGAUGCUCUGUGGGUUUGGUGUUACCCUUCUACAACGACUGCUUUCAGAGACCUCUUAUUGAGAAAAUGUUGCCUUACAAAUGAGAAUAAACAGCUUCACACUUUCCUAUUUGGUCAGUACAAACUAACAUGGUUUUACAUUACAACCAUGGAAAUUCCAGAGGCUUCUACCUUGAAAAGGGUGACCCACUUUUCCAUUGUUCUGACAACCAAAGACUUCAAUCCAGAAAAGUAUGCAGCUUUCUCUAGGAUUCUCUGUAGAAUAUAUCUGAAAUAUGGGACCCCUGUAAAAAUGAUGGAGAGUUACAUUUCUGUUCUCACAAAGGGGAUUUGUCAGAGUGAAGAAAAUGGUUCUUUCCUGAGCAAAGAUUUUGAUAUAAGAAAAGCUUAUCUUGCAGGCUCAGUCAAAGAUAUAGUGUUUCAGUUUGGAAUGGAAACAGUCAUCCUGUAUACUGCGCUCAUGUUAAAGAAAAGAAUUGUAGUAUAUCAUCCAAGAAUAGAAACUAUCCUCGAAUUUACAAGAGCAUUACCAGCCUUAGUGUGGCACCGACAAGAUUGGUCAAUUCUUCAUUCAUAUGUACAUCUGAAUGAUGAUGAAUUAGAACCAUUAAAAAUGUGUCCAGGAUACAUUGCUGGAUGUAUAGAUUCAGAAGUGAACAACAGGAUAGAUCUUUAUGAUGUAUAUGUCAAUCUGGCUGAAAGUGAAAUCACCAUUUCGCAUCAAGCAAAAGAGGCGAUGACAAUGGGAAAAUUGCAUAAAGAACUUGGUCAGCUAAUUGUUCAGUCUGCAGAAGAUCCAGAGAAAUCAAACAGUCAAGUUAUAAAGGAUGUUUCAUUGAAGACAAAGGAAAUCUUGACAAAUCUGGCUUCAUUCACAGAAGUCAUUCAUGAUGGUGAGAAGCCAUCACUCAACUUAGAAGCACUGAAACAAAAGCGAUUCCCACCAGCAACCGAAAAUUUCCUUUAUCAUUUGGCAGCUGCUGAACAAAUGCUUAAAAUAUGAUGUUGUAAAUAAACCUCAAUGGAAUACUUAAAAACAAAAUCUUCUUUACCAUAAUGCUUACAUAAAGAAUUCUGUGGGAGAUAGUUUUUUUAAAAUAUGCAUUUCUGGAGAGGAUAAACAAUGAUACAGACUUGAAAUUGCAUCAAAUUGCCAUGAAACAUUGACUAUAGUAUAUCAUUGUCAGUUCUUCCUGCAAAGGCCUGAAGAUAACAAUGGUUUGAGCUGUGCAUUAAAGUGAAAUAGUAAUUACCAAGCCCAAUCAGUACCCUAAUGGAAAUCAAAAAUUGUUAAUGACACGAACACUUUUAGAAGUACACAAAUAAGCCUUCUUCAGUUUGGCAUCUCCAAGUAUUGUGUCUUGUGAACACAACCCUCAAGAUUCGUAACAGACUGCCCCUAUUCCAGAUAGUCUUAGCACAUCCAUAACUUGCAAAGAGGCUGAAAGUUAGAGCUUCAGUUACAUCAACUAAUACUCUAAACCUAGGAGUCUAUGGAGAUUGUCAUCCAGAUCAUGAUUGUCCGAAAAGAGCUUUUUCAAAAGGACACUGGACUUUCUGGUUUUCCUUUGAAGACAUUUCAGAAAAGCUGAAGCAGCUUCUUGGGUGAGAAGUAAAAUGUUCAAGUUGCCUCUUGAAAAAGUAUCUUUGGGUCUGAACCUAAGAGUUGUAUAUGCAAUGUAACUUCCCACAAGCAAUCCAUGGAUGUUUGACAGAUUACAUCUAUUGGCUAUGCUGCUAAAUAUUCAAUGUGCCUGCUAGUCAUAUCUUACAUAGGUGGAU